AAAAAAGAGAGAAAAGUUUCAUAUUUCCUCUCGUCCGCCCAACGUGCGGUGGGAGGACGACGAAGCUCCCGGCGCGGUGGCCAGCGUGCGCCGGGGCCAGAUUGGGGGGGGGGGGGGGCGUUGGGGGGAGAGUUGGAGGGCUCAUUUGCAUGUUAUUAGCAUAGCAUGUAUAUAACCGGCUGUGGGCGGCCCGCGCCGGACAGCCGCGAAGAAAAGAAGACGAAAGAAGAAGGAGGCGAGGAGCGCAGAGAAACAAGGCCAACAUGAGGGACUCUUGCUCCCCCAACAAGAAAGGAGACGGCCGCCUUUGUCGGGGAUUAUAACGCCAAACGGGACGGGACGGGACGAGUCGAUUAUUUAUUUGUAACCUACUCUUGCAUCCCGGGAGAAAGUUUUGGGAUUAACCGUCUCGCUGUACUUUUUUUUUCUUUUUUUUCUCCCCUACCGCCUUCCUCAUCCUCCGGGACGCGCAUGCGCGGUGGCGCUUUGGUGGCCGCUCCAUGCAUCUUCCUGCCGGGCCCCUUUUAGCUUUUCUUCCUUUCUUUAUUGAAUCAUGUAUUUAUUGAAGAUGCUGCUGGGCGCCGCGGUGCUGGCCGCGUUGCUGUGUCAGGGCUUGUGCUCGGGCGUGUUCGAGUUGCGCCUGCAGGAGUUCCUCAACAAGAAGGGCGCGCAGGGCAACCGAAACUGCUGCGGCCGGAGGGGCGGCGACGGCGGCGGCUCCCCCGCCUCGUCGUCGUCGUCGUCCGCGGGGCAGUGCGCCUGCCAGACCUUCUUCCGGGUGUGCCUGAAGCACUACCAGCCCAACGCGUCGCCCGAGCCGCCGUGCACGUACGGCGGCGCCGUCACGCCCGUGUUGGGCGCCAACUCCUUCCAAGUGCCCGACGCCAUCCCGGAGAGCUCCUUCAGCAACCCCGUCAGGAUCAACUUCGGCUUCACUUGGCCGGGGACCUUCUCGCUCAUCAUUGAGGCACUGCACACCGACUCUAAAGACGACUUGUCCACAGACAACCCGGAGCGAGUGAUCAGCACCAUGAUCACCCAGCGCCACUUGACAGUGGGCGAGGACUGGUCGCAGGACCUGCACACGGCGGGCCGCACGGAGCUCAAGUACGCGUACCGCUUCGUGUGCGACGAGCACUACUACGGCGACGGAUGCUCGGUCUUUUGCCGGCCCCGGGACGACGCCUUCGGACACUUUGCGUGCGGAGAACGCGGGGAGAUCGUGUGCGACGCCGGCUGGAAGGGACAAUACUGCACCGAGCCAAUAUGCCUGCCGGGCUGCGACGACGAGCACGGCUUCUGCGAGAAGCCCGGCGAGUGCAAGUGCCGGGUGGGCUUCAAGGGUCGCUACUGCGACGAGUGCAUCCGCUACCCGGGCUGCCUCCACGGGACCUGCCAGCAGCCCUGGCAGUGCAACUGUCAGGAGGGCUGGGGGGGCCUCUUCUGCAAUCAAGACCUCAACUACUGCACGCACCACAAGCCCUGCAUGAAUGGGGCCACUUGUAGCAACACGGGCCAGGGCAGCUACACCUGUUCCUGCAGGCCCGGCUUCACUGGCGCCAGCUGCGAGAUCCAAGUCAACGAAUGCGCCGGGAACCCCUGCCGUAAUGGGGGCAGCUGCGCCGACUUGGAGAACACCUACAGGUGCGAGUGCCCCCGCGGUUUCUACGGCAACAACUGCGAGCUGAGCGCCAUGACGUGCGCCGACGGGCCGUGCUCCAACGGCGGCCGCUGCGUCGACAACCCCGACGGCGGCUACUUCUGCCACUGCCCCACCGGGUACGCCGGCUUCACCUGCGAGAAGAAGAUCGACCACUGCACCUCGGCGCCCUGCUCCAACGGUGCUCAUUGCGUGGAUCUGGUCAACUCGUACCUGUGCCAGUGCCCAGAAGGCUUCACGGGCAUGAACUGCGACCACGCCGGCGACAAGUGCUCCUCGUACCCCUGCCAGAACGGCGGCACCUGCCAGGACGCCGCUCACGGCUACACCUGCACCUGCCCGCCGGGCUACGCGGGGCGCAACUGCAGCUCGCCCGUCAGCCGCUGCGAACACAAGCCGUGCCACAACGGCGCCACCUGCCACGAGAGGAAUAACCGCUACGUCUGCGCCUGCGCCCCGGGUUACGGCGGCCGCAACUGCCAGUUCUUGCUGCCCGAGCACGCCGCCAUCCGAGGCUCCGAGGUGCCCUGGAUGGCGGUCGGGUCCGGGGUGGCUCUGGUGCUCCUGCUUCUGGCGGGGUGCGCCGUGCUGCUUGGAUUCCUCCGCUCCAAAGCCCAACGCGACGGUCCGGGGGAGGCCGGCGGAGAGGGCGAAACCAUCAACAACCUGACCAAUAACUGCCAACGCGGCGAGCGGGACGCCGCCGUCCCGCCGACUCCGGGCGUGAAAAACAUCAACAAAAAGAUGGACUUGUGCGGCGUGGAGGAUCCCGAGGAGGGGGCGUCACCGGGACGUCGGUGCGACAAGAGCAGACCGCCGCCCGCAGACUACAACCUGGUGCGCGAGGUCAACUACGAGCGGGCGGCCAAAGAUGCGGCGUCGGAGGCUGCCCGCGAGGACAAGGCCCGAUCCCCGGACUCCUUUGAGUUUGAGGAGAAACACAGCAAACGCUUAAAAUGCGAAACGUCGGAAAUAAAUUGCCCGGAAACGUCCGCGUGUGCGGACAACAAGUACAAAUCUGUGUUUGUCGUGUCGGAGGAGAAGGACGAAUGUAUCAUUGCAACUGAGGUGAGUAGUUGUUGACGUUGUUGAAGGCGAUUCGCUUUGGCUCCGUCCAACCCGGAUGUGAAGCUUACCCGACUAAAUACGAGUGGAGUGAUUGACGGGACGCUUACAUUGCAACCGCCUCGACUGUAAGGACCAUUUCCGAGAACAGCUUGGGGUCUGCGAUGCACGGAGUUGAAACGCCAUCGUGGAACACGGUCCAAUGAUGCGGGUCAGGAUCCCUUGAA